CACACACACACACACACACACACACACACAAACACACACAAACACACACAAACACACACCCCACCAUGGCAAGGGCAACACGCGCAAAACCCGCGCCCAAGGAACCCACACCAGAGCCAGCGCCGUCCGUAGCAACACGGCUCCCAGAAGCCACACGGAACCCGCCGAAGCUGUUCAUCCUGCCCAAACACACAUCGAAAGAUGCCCGGAUAGUCACGCUCGACAAUCCCGCCACCAGCACGCCCUCACGCUACUUCUUCUGCCCGUCGACAGGCUUCUACGAGUUCACACGCAUCGCGGCGCCGAAGAAGGCAUGUCGCAGCUGGCUGAUGACGCGUGACGACGCAACACCCGUCGCGCACAACGAGCCGUCAGAGAGCCCACAGGCCCAUGCCACGAACGAAGACCCAGAGACCGGGCUGGGGAGCGGCUUCACCACCAAAGACGCCAGCCUCUUCCUCGCAACCCCAAUCGACCUGCUCUUCCUGAUCCUGCCUGCCCUCGCGCCGCAAUCCGCAAGAGCAGAGACCCAGCACUUCCUCGCGCUCGACGACUACACAGACAAACUGGGGGCUGUCUCGCGGCACUGGAGCACGCUGCUCGGCCACCACCCCGCCCUCAAGACGACGCUGCAGGAGAAAAUGCGCACAGUCUGCGACACCGUCGACGCCGGCGACGAGACAAUGUACCGGCUAUCGCACGCCAGGCUGCAGGCCGUGUUGAUGCAGAAAGCAGAACGCAUGGUGCGCCACGGGCUACCAGCGAGCAUGGAAGAAAAGCUGAUCAAAUCCGCGCUCGACGCGCCCGUGCUCAGCAUCCAGCGCUCGGGCGAAAGCGAAGACAGCACAGUCGACGACGCCGCCGCGCAGGACCCCGGGCUGAACGCGCCAAUAACGCACCUCCUCCGCCUCCGCACAGCCCUCACAUACCUAACCACAUCCUACCUCCCCCCCUCGCUCACCUCCCCAAUUACAACCUUACUCAGCACUCUCCCCCUCUUCCACCCCCUCACAGCCCACCUCUCCACCCUAGCAGCCCUCCGCGCAACAGCACUCGCCCAGCGCAGUAUAAGCGACAACACGAGCCGCAAGCGCGCGGUGGAGAUGGACGAGGAACUGGUGGCGGAGCGGGAGGAGAAGAAGCGGAGGAAGGAAGAAGAGGCGGCUAGGAAGAAAGGGGAGAGUCUGGGGGUGAAGAAGUUGAGAAAGGUGGAUACGAGUGGGAUGAGGAAGAUGAGUGCUUUUUUCAACGUGAAGCCUAAGACGACGUAGACGGGGUGGAUGGCUGGCUGAUGGUAAAGUCCAUGCCUACGGUUCGAACAACCCCCCGCACCCACUCAGAUUUCUGGUUCAAGCACUUGGCACCUCAACGCCGCAGAUUUACAGAGCUGCAGGCAGUACAGAAAUGUUCUAUAGGUAGGACUUCUCCUAUUUUCAGUCCGCCGCACAAAAAAUACAGCAGAUUUAGGCGUGCUGUUAGUCAUCUUGUUCACGGCGUCUGAACCGACAACAGCUGUGUACCCCUGCUGCUAGUCAUUUUGUUCACAGGGUCUGAACCGACAACAGUUGUAUACCCCUGCUGCACCCCUGUUAGGUAUCUG